GGCCGAGUGGCCGAGACAGAUGCUCAUUUCCACAUUCACCACAAGAGCCAUGAAGAACGCGCUGCCCUCGCACCUCUCGCACCAAGCCGCGCUUGCUGUCAUCCUGCACGAGUCGAGCCCGCACUACGACGGCGUCCAGCGGGUCCGCGCGGCGCACGACAAGGCGUUCCAGCGCUGGCCGCCGCACAUUAACCUCCUCUACCCGUUUCUGAACGCACCGAGCGAGCAACUGCCGAUGAUCGCCGAGCGGGUUCAGCGCGCCGUCGCCAACGUUGCGCCGAUCGACGGCGGCUUUGCGUCCUUGAGCCAGUUCCAGCACUCGGCCCGGCGCGCGACCGUCUUUUUGGCACCGGACGCAUCGACGCACGACGCGCUCGUGUCGCUCCAGGCCAAGCUCCAGGCGGCGUUCCCCGAGUGCGACCAUGACAAGCGAGCGUUCGCGCCGCAUUUGACGCUGGGCCAAGCGGAGGGCGGUGUCGCGGCCACGGCGGCGCUCCGAAGCGCGAUGGAGACGCAGCUGCUCCCGCUGCCGCCGUGGGCAAUUGCGAGCAUCGUUGUCCUCGAGCGCAACGGACGCGACGACCCGUUCCGCGUCGUCUACGAAGUGCCACUGCGCGGGUAAUUCCAUCGCGAAAACAAAUCAUUUUGACAAAAAUAAUCCACUACUACAUGGGUACAUAUCCCAAACAGA